UUCGGGAUUUCUGUCCGCGGACACCUCUAUGGCAUGCGAAGACAUUCGACCUCAGUAGUCUGACAAAACACUCAGAGCCGGGUUCGGGGUGGUAUUUCUGCUGCUGUCAGUGAGCUGUCUUAUUUACAGGCCUGUCGCCGGUCCGAGUGCACAGAGAGAUGCAUUUUCCCUGUCUUUACGUUAACGGAAGUGCAGUUUAUUGCACAUGCUGUGUUUUCUUUCCUUUAGCGUGUUGGUGUCAAAUAAAAUGUUGUUUUUCAUAGGUAACGAUCUUCCUCAUUGUCAUUGCACACGGCAGCUGAGGAACGGUAGCAGGCUAACGUUAGUUGUUAGCGAGCUGUUUGUUUGUAGCCCCGUAGGCCGUAUUCGUGACAUAAGUUACGCCCGAUUUCGAACGCAGUUUAGUCUCGAUGGCGCAGAAAGCACAUGUCAAUACGACGUAGGUUAUUUCGAGAAUAACAACACCCUCCCAAGUUGUAUUCUGAAAGCAUGUUUACGUACGGAGCUGUCAAAAACGCAGACAGCGGUAAUGACUAGGUUAUUCACAACUCGAUUACCUUUUAGGACAGCAAUCAAUUAUGCCUCCUCCAACCCUCGCAAUUAUCAGAUUUGCUAUUUGAUUAGUAGACAGACGUAGGUGACAACGACGCCAUUUUGUUGUUUUGAGAUCAUAUUCGUUGUGUUUUGACUGUGUGUUUGUUUUUCUCUCAUGAUACGUGACUACGUAGUAGUUUUCCUCGGUCUGUUUCACGCACGUUGCCUCCCUUCCUGAUGUUAUGUAUGCACAGUCACACUAUCUACAACUGUUACCAUGGACUUUAUUCCCCUCUCUCUCUCUCUGACUCUCUCCGUUUCCCGUUGAGGUGUCUCCCGUCCGACUGCCAGUGUUGUGAUUUCCUUGGCCUUGCGACAGCUCAGUCACACCCCCUCCAGCCUGUCCUAUUGUCACCCAAACCUCCCCCAGGUGUCUCGUCCACCCGGGUCAGGACACCCCCCCCCCCUACACGCUGGAAGAUAUGACACCCCUUCUGCAUUAAACUGUGUCCACCGCAACAAAAAACAUACGGUCCUGUGGGUGAUGGCCUGAGAACGGCCCCCCCCCCCCUCCCCUCCCCGUAUCCAAACUGUCUCACUGGGACUACUCCCCCUCUGCCACGCCCCACCCCUGUCACUAUGGGAGACGGCUUGGAGGCGGGCAGCAGCCUAGAUCCGCCCCCCCGGCCCCUCCUCUUCAAUCCCCCGCCCCCUGAAACAUGGAACCCGUCAAGGCCCAAACGACAGACCAACCAGCUACAGUUCCUACAGAAGGUGGUGUUGAAGACGCUGUGGAAACAUCACUUCUCCUGGCCCUUCCAGGCCCCCGUCGACGCCAUUAAACUAUGCCUUCCUGACUACUACAGGAUCAUUAAAGUCCCCAUGGACAUGGGGACCAUCAAGAAGAGGCUGGAGAACGGUUACUAUGACAACGCACAGGAAUGUAUCCAGGACUUCAACACCAUGUUCACCAACUGCUACAUCUACAACAAGCCUGGUGAUGAUAUUGUCCUGAUGGCUGAAGCUCUAGAGAAGAUGUUCCUCCAGAGGAUAUCUGAGAUGCCCCAGGAGGAGACUGAGAUUCCUGUGGUUACCAAGGGGCGGAGAGGGGGAAGGCGAGAAGCAGGUCUGCUGUCUAAGUCUGACUCGGGCCAGGAUUCAUCUCCCUCCUCAACCCCCCACACCCGAGGGUUCUCCUCCCCGUCGCCUAGCCCUCAGACCCGGGGUCUUCCCGUGCCUCAGGGGCCCCCCAUCCUCCCCCCGACCCUCCCUCCUCAGACCCAGCCGGCUUGCGUGCCCCCUACCCCUCCAUCCCUUGGCCCCCAGCCGAUAGCGCCCUUCCCCGUCAGCACCCUGGAUGUCCUGGCCCAGGGCGUCACCUCUGUCCCCGCCCACCCUGGCCUUCUCCCCGCCAACCCACCGGUCCUGAAGAGCACCAAGCCCCCCACCAAGCAUAGAAAGAGCCAGAAGCGGAAGGCAGACACGACCACGCCCACUGCCAAUGACCAGCUCAGCGAGUCGUCUCCUGUGUCGAUGGAGCCCCGCCCCCGCCGUGAGAGCAGCAGCCGCCCGCCGAAGCAGCCCAAACGGAAUCCUGCUCAGCCUGAUUCCCAGCACCACCUGGGGUUGGGGGCGGGGGUCACCGGGGAUGUGGCGGGGGUCAUAGGCGGAGCUCAGACCAGUAGGAGCCCCAAACGUCAGGAGCAGCUCUGGUAUUGCGCAGGCCUGGUGAAGGAGAUGCUGUCGAAGAAGCACGUGGCAUAUGGAUGGCCCUUCUACAAGCCUGUCGACGCGCGCGCCCUUGGUCUCCACGACUACCAUGACAUCAUCAAACACCCCAUGGACCUGGGGACCAUCAAGAACAAGCUGGACGACAGACAGUACAGGGACGCUCAGGAGUUUGCUGCUGACGUCCGGUUGAUGUUCUCUAACUGCUACAAAUACAAUCCCCCUGACCACGAUGUGGUUGCCAUGGCACGCAAACUACAGGAUGUGUUUGAGAUGCGCUUUGCCAAAAUGCCGGACGAGCCCGAGGAGACGGCGUCCGUUCCCGCCCCCGCCCCCUCAACCAGACCGGCCCCUCCCCCUGCCCCGCGACCUCCCUCUUCCUCUGACAGCUCCUCCUCGGAAUCGGAAUCCUCGGAGGGAGGCUCGGAGCACGACAGAGCACAGAGACUGGCUGAACUACAGGAACAGCUCAAAGCUGUUCACGAGCAGCUGGCCGCUCUGUCCACGCCCCAGGCAGCCAAGCCCAAGAGGAAGGAGAGGGAGAAGGAGAGGGAGAAGAAGAAAAAAGACAAGCACAAGAAGAAGAUGGGAGGGGAGGAGCCCCCGGAGGUCCCGCCCCCUGCCGUCCUCCAGCCUGCCAGGAAGAGCAAGAACAGCAAGGAGCCGGAGGCAACGCCUAAAAAGAUCAAGAAGACCAGUAAGAGAGAAUGGGUGAAGAACAGUCGUCCGGGCGUCGCCCCUCCGCCCACCCCCCUCAUCCCCUCAGCCUCAUUGGAAGCGGAGGAUGACACCGGGGUGGGCGGGGCUGGGGAAAGGUGCCAGCCAAUGUCCUACGAGGAGAAGCGCCAGCUCAGCCUGGACAUCAACAAGCUGCCCGGCGACAAGCUCGGCCGUGUUGUGCACAUCAUCCAGUCGCGGGAGCCCUCGCUCAAGAACUCCAACCCUGACGAGAUCGAGAUAGACUUCGAAACGCUGAAGCCGUCAACACUCCGGGAGCUGGAGAAAUACGUCUCGACGAGUCUGAGGAAGAAGAAGAAAACACAACCAGUGGAGAAGGCUUUGGAGGUGACCAGCGUGAUGAAGAUGAAGACCGGCUCUUCAUCGGACAGUAGUGACUCCUCCGACAGCGACGAUUCUGACUCGGGGCUGGCCCCCAGACAGCAGCAGAAGAAGUCAGCCUCCUCUUCCAAGAGACCGGCCAACCCCAGUGGGAGUCGGGUCACACCCCCCCGACCCCCUUCCUCCGGGACCCAACCGGCGCCCCUGCCCCUCCCCCCGGCGCCUGACACUUCUCUGGACUCCUCUUUGACCUUUGACCCCUUGGCUAGCUUCCUGGCCCCUCACCUGGGCCGGCGGGGCGGGGACACAGAUCCUUCCUGUGAGGCACCGGGCGGGGCCGCCGUCGGACCCGCCCACCUCAACCCUGGCAGUGCUCAUGCUGCGCACCUGGCCACGCCCUCUGCUGAGGGCACACACCCCUUCUUCAGCCAACACGCUGUCAUGGCCUCCCCAGCUCUCCACAAUGCUCUCCCCCAGCAGCCGUCCCGCCCCAGCAGUCGAGCAGCCCCCAAACCCCCCCAGCCUCCCCCCUCCUCCCUGCCCCCUUCCUCCACUCCCCCUCCCAUCCAGCCUCCCCUGCCCCUCUCCCUCCCCCCUUCCUCCGCCUCUGCUCCUCCUGCCAACGAACCUUGCCUCCCCCUCUCCCUCCCACAGCCCUCACGGCCUCACCUUCCUUCUCCCCCCACCCCCCACGGAAUCCUUGGGGUCUCCGCCCAACCUCCUCAAGCCCUGUUCGAGGAUGACGAGGAGGCCACGCCCACUAACUCUGAAACUCCUCUGCCGCUGAACCAGAUGCAGAUGUAUAUGUUGUCCCUGCCUCCCUCCCUGCCUCCCUCCCUGCCCCCCUCUGUCGAUGACCAACCUCAGCCCGCCAUGCAGACAUUCGCUUCAAUGCAGCAACAACAACAACAACAGAGACUCAUGACACACACGCAACCGCACACGCAACCACACACACAGCUGAACCAGAUAAACAAACAACAACAGAUAAACAAACAACAACAACAGAUAAACCAACAACACCAACAACAGCAGAUUAAACAGCAACUACAGCAGCAGCAACCAUCACCACGGAGACAAGCUGAUCCUUUCAGUACAGGCCCUCUGAGGAAGAGCCCCUCCCCUUUGAUGAUGCAUUCUCCCCAGAUGCCUCAGUUCCAACCAAUGGGACAGUCGCCUUCGCAGCCUAGGAGACCAGACCAGAGGGGCUUGUUAGGGGUGAAAGAGGAGAAGCCGCCCCCCUUCAGCCCCCCCCUGAGAAAUGACACACCUCAGGACAACAAACACAGAUCUGAUGUGAAGCCAUUGGAUGGUUCUCGUCCCGGGCCCCGCCUCCCCGAGUCCCUGGCUCCGCCCACCUCCCAGCAGGACAGCAAGCUGAAGCAGGAAGCCAAGACACCCAUUGCCCCCAGGAAGACACCGGACGUGAAGCUGAAGAACAUGGGUUCCUGGGCCAGCUUGGCCCAACGUUCCCAGUCCACCCCGGCCUCUGCCGUCCGUUCCUCCAGCGACAGCUUUGAACAGUUCCGCCGUGCUGCCAGGGAGAAGGAGGAGAGGGAGAAACAGCUGAGAGCCCAGGCAGAGCAGGCCAGGAGAGACCAGGGGAGACUACGUGGCCGUGACGACGAGGAGUCGGUGGAGCAACAAGGGAGGGGACGUGUCCAAGAGGACUCUCGCCGUCGACAGGAGCAACAGUCGCCUCUUACUCCGACACCUCCUGCCUCAACCCCUCCUACCCACUCACCGCAGGCCCCUCCCACCCAGCCACAGGCCACGCCCUCGCCAUCUGCCGCUGCACAGAAUGCCUUGGACCAGCAGAGGGAGCUGGCGAGACGCCGUGAGCAGGAGAGGCGGAGGAGAGAGGCGAUGGCUGACACCAUUGACAUUAACUUCCAGAGUGACCUGAUGGCCAUCUUUGAGGAGAACCUGUUCUGAAAGCGAGUGAGCGAUUAAAGGAUGCUUGAGAGGGAGGAAGAGAGAGAUACACGAACUCUACCCUUUUCCUCCCUCCCAUUCGAGGAGGUCAACUGGCUGAGGCAGUGGACGCCUCCUCGUGGGGGACACUGGUGUCGCACUUCCCCUCUGCGAUUUCAGAUGCUUUUUUUUUUGUGUCUAACUGGCCAUCUAUCGGCUGUUGAUUCGGAGUUGCCCCACGGGGGACAGUGGAAACGGAAACCGACAGGACAAGGGUUAUUUGAUGUUCCUCUUGUAUUCUGAACCCUGUGGAGGCGAGGACUCACCGGGAAGAAAAGAGGAGGGUUUAAUUUAAGAAACAAGAAGGAAGGUGUUCUUAUUGUCUGUUCUUACAGUGGUCUGGGAGGGAAGAGGCUUUUAAUGGGGCGCACGAGCUGACUGCUUUCUGUUUCCUCCCUUAGUCUGUUUCUCUGUCUGGUUUUGAUGUCUGGUUUUAAACAGGUUAGUUGGGUGAGGUGUGUGUGUGUGGGGGGGGUUAUCUUGGUCACGUCCCAAUGGGCAGCCCUUUAUGAUACACCGCUUCACGCUAGGACUCUUGGUGAUCUGGCCGCUACAUAGGUCUGGUCUAAAGAAGUGUGCCAUCUAGGGUGUCAGUUGGAACACUUUGACAUGGGUUCAGUUUCUCUCAGGACACUCAGACAGACGCCUUGGCCACGCUCCAGUACAGAUCCAUCUUCCCUUUGGUCUUUCCUUCCCCCGUUUCCUUUCCUUCUCGCCGUCUUUUUUUGCUUUGAGGCAGAAAUCCCUGAUUUGACACAGGUUGGAGGUGUGAAAGCCUGAUUCCCAUGAAAUUGUUUCCACAGAAUUUGGUCGAGUCUGACUGUCGUAAUUACCGGGCAAGUAAUGAAGACAAAGGACGAUGGAAGGGAGGGGGGAGAGAGACGAGGGAGGUGGGGAGAGAGGGAGGUGGGGAGAGAGAAAAGGGGGAAGAGGGAAGGAUGCAUUUUGAGUGUUGGAACGUGUCCCUUGCCUUAUAGCCCUGACCUGUAAACGAACACGCUACAGAUUAUACAUGAACAUAAAUAGAUGCAUAAAUAUAUAUAUAUAUUAUAUACAAAAAUAAAGAUGUGGAGACUUGGGUUAUGUUGUUGGGGUCACAGUUCACUUUGGUUCUGUUUGGUUUCCAUAAUGUUUUUUUGUUUUUGUUUGAUUUUUACUGUUUUGAUGAUAUAAAAUGUAUUUUCUUUCUUGUUCUUAUUCUCCUUUCUCGUGUCCUCCUUUUCACCGUCGUUUUUAGACUCUAUGCCAAAAUUGAUCUUAUUGAGUGCUGAAAAUCCACCGUGUUUUUUCUUUUUAACCCAAUGCAAAAUACAUCUUUUCACUUUAUAUUAAAGAAUGCGUUUUUUUUUUAAUUAUUAUUAUUUAAUUUCCUUACCUUUUCUAAAUCCAAUCCAUUGUCCUCCAGUUUGCACUGUAAAGGGGUAAAAGUUUGCUCAUGGAAGCGUUCUGUCACAGCAUUGUAACCAUGUAACUGUACUGUAGUUUCAACAACCUGUUACUACUCUCUAUUCUCUGUAGCUUCUUAUUUAGGACAAUUAUUUUUAUUGCUUCCCUAUUUGCAGUUGUCUUCUUCCUCCACCCUCCGUAUCUUUGCUUUUAUUUCUUUCCCCUUUUUUGAUUUGUAAUUUUUUCCCGCUGUCAUUGGUUUCCAUGCUAGCAGUUUUGUCUGUGCGUUUGUGUGUGUGUGUGUGUGUGUGUGUGUGUGUGUGUGUGUGUGUGUGUGUGUGUGUGAUUCAUUGUUCUGCUAAGUGUGUGAGGACUCAUUGUGGUCGAGCUUGACCGAGGUUGGCCUGAGAUAUACUCACACACACACACACUGCCAUGUAUACAGAGUGUUCAUUUUUAUUAGAAUGACCCACCCCUCCCUUACAUGUUUAUGUUUGAGUUAUUUUGUUUGUUUGUUUGUUUGUUUGUUUUGAGUACCCUUUGGUUAUGUUGUUGAGUGAGGUAUUAAGGUUGAUUAAUCCUGUUCUGAUUAUGGAGUAAAGACAUCUCUUUUUUUUUUUUUUUUUAAGAAAAUUAUUAAAAAAUAUCUAAAAACA